AUGAACGGACACCUCAAGGAAUCGGCGGAGAGCAGAGAUCAAACAAAUGAGAACAUCUUCCUCUUCGCUCCCAAUCUGAUCGGCUACACCCGCAUCAUCCUCGCCCUCGCCUCCCUCUACUUCAUGCCCCUGCACCCCCGCCGCUGCAGCUUCCUCUACUCCAUCUCCUGCCUCCUCGACGCCAUGGACGGCUGGGCGGCGCGCAAAUUCAACCAGUCCACGCGCUUCGGCGCCGUGCUCGACAUGAUUACCGACCGCUGCACCACCACCUGCCUCCUCGUCUUCCUCGCCACGGCCAAGCCCGCCUACUCGAUGAUCUUCCAGUGUCUGAUUAGCUUGGACUUUGCGAGCCAUUAUAUCCACAUGUAUGCCACGCUUGCCAUGGGCGGGCAGGGGGAGAGCCAUAAGAAUGUCAGCGCGAGUCGGAGUCGGAUCAUGAAUUUGUACUAUACGAAUAAGGCCGUCCUCUUCACCGCCUGCGCCCUCAACGAACUCUUCUUCAUCGCCCUCUACCUCCUCUGCUUCAGCAGCCCGCUCAUCACCCCCGCCCUCCUCCAGCCAGGCAACAACCUCGCCACCCCUGCCGAACCCUUCCAUCCCGCGCCGUCUCUGCUGUUCCCCUCGCCCUUCUCCGCUGCAGCAAUGGAAAUGGCCCGCGCGAACAAGAUGGACUCCACGGUCCCUUGGAUUCUGACGAUUGUCAGUGCGCCUGUCAUGGCGUUCAAGCAGUGGGUAAAUGUCAUCCAGCUUGUUAAGGCGAGUAAAUGGUUGGCUGAGGGGGAUCGGAGGGAGAGGAAGAAAGCUGGACUUGGGGGAAAGAAGAGGGCAUGA